GCGGGCGGCGGGGGCCAGGGCUAUUACCACCCGGCCGGGGGGAGCCCCGCCGCAGCCUACCAGCCGCCGCCUCCGCCCCCCCCCGCGCCGCCUGCUGCUGCCCCCUGCGGCGGGAUCGCCUGUCACGGGGAGCCCGCUAAGUUUUACGGAUACGAUAACUUACAGAGACAGCAGAUUUUUACGACACAGCAAGAGGCCGAGCUGGUCCCAUAUCCUGACUGUAAAUCGUCCAGUGCUAAUAUUGGCGAGGAACCAGACCACUUAAAUCAGAGCUCGUCUCCUGCUCAAAUGUUUCCCUGGAUGAGAGCACAAGCUCCCGGUAGGAGGAGAGGAAGACAGACCUACAGCCGCUUCCAGACUUUAGAGCUGGAAAAGGAAUUCCUUUUUAACCCUUAUCUGACCAGGAAGAGGCGCAUUGAGGUCUCCCACGCACUAGGACUCACCGAGAGGCAGGUAAAGAUCUGGUUUCAGAACAGGAGGAUGAAGUGGAAAAAGGAAAACAACAAGGACAAAUUCCCGGCUUCCAGGCAGGAGGGAAAGGAAGAGGAGGCCAAGAAAGAAGCACAUGAUCGGGAAGAGGACAGAGGCGAAGGCCAGAAGAACUGAGGUUCUGCCUCUCAGGUCAGGAGGGAAAGACUGAACUCAAAGGCCGGCCCGAGCUCGGGCUGCGAGCUCCGGCUCGGCUGCCUCGCCCUCUCCGCUUUCUGUCUUCGUUUUCGUACCCUGCGUGGCACGAUCCCGCCACUAAACAGCUGGAAAUCCGAUACCAAAUUGGUAGUCAGUUCUUUUUAAUGAGACGUUUCCGACGUGAUUGAAGUGAAACUUCCCCGUGAUCCGCACCCACACGCGCAGCUUCCGCGAGGCUUUAUUAAUCGAACAAGUGCACUUGUGCUAGGCUAAACCUCCUUCCUUUUUCGUUCUUCUCUUACGCUGAAUAAAUUUAAAAAAAAUAAUAAUUUCUUUGGGGGGUGAUCUUAGGGAAAUAUUUACCUUCUAUUACGGAUAUUUGAUUGAAAUAAACGAAACUUAUUGGCACGCACUGCUAAA